GAUUAUUUGGCUAACCAUGGGCGUCUCAGUGAAGCAGAAGCUAGGCGGAAGUUUUGGCAAAUCCUAUCUGCGGUGGAAUACUGUCACAGUUGCAAUAUAGUCCAUCGAGAUUUGAAGGCUGAAAACCUUUUGCUGGAUAACCACAUGAACAUAAAGAUAGCAGACUUUGGUUUUGGCAACUUUUACAAGACUGGAGAGCCUUUAGCAACGUGGUGUGGAAGCCCACCAUAUGCUGCUCCAGAAGUGUUUGAAGGGCAGCAGUACGAGGGACCACAGCUGGAUAUCUGGAGUAUGGGUGUUGUACUCUAUGUCCUGGUAUGUGGUGCAUUACCAUUUGACGGUCCUACACUCCCCAUCCUGAGACAAAGGGUUCUGGAAGGGAGAUUUCGAAUACCAUAUUUCAUGUCUGAAGAAUGUGAGCACUUAAUUAGGAGGAUGCUGGUACUAGAGCCUUCAAAACGUUUGUCCAUUGCUCAGAUCAAAGAGCACAAGUGGAUGAUGACUGAGGUCCCAGUACACCGGCCUGUCCUCUACGCACAGAGUCAAGAAAAGGAGACUUCCAUUGGAGAACACAAUGAACAGGUCCUGAGACUCAUGCAUAGCUUGGGGAUUGACCAACAAAAGACAAUAGAGUCCUUACAGAACCGCAGUUACAAUCACUUUGCUGCUAUCUAUUACCUACUAGUCGAGAGGCUAAAAUCUCACCGAAGCAGCUUUCCAGUAGAGGCUCGGAUUGACGCUCGCCAGCGACGACCAAGCACAGUUGCUGAAACAGACAGUCGCCAAGACAAGCACAGUGGUGUCUCCAGUGAACCUCAUGCCACAAAAUGUGAGAUUGAUGAGAGCGCCUGUACUCCCAGAAGCCUCCACUGUAGAGCCAUUCUCAUACCCACAAGGCAGCUGCCAGGCUGAAACAACAUUCCUAGAGGAGGAAGCAGUGAAUACACCAUCAGUUAAUGGGUGUCUGUUGGAUCCCCUGCCCCCUGUGACAGUACGGAAGGGUUGCCAGUCCUUGCCAUCGAAUAUGAUGGAGACCUCUAUUGAUGAGGGUAUAGAGACAGAAGACGACUCUGAGGAUGAUCCUUCUGCAACAUUUGCAGCAUUUCAAGGCAGGCAUAGUGGUCAAAGGCGGCACACGCUAGCAGAAGUUACCAACCAGUUAGUAGUAGUGCCCAAUAUGGCAUCAGACAUGGAAGGUAAACUCUUCAGUAUUGGUAACCACCCUUCUCUUGGGAGCGUGGACUCAGAGUAUGACAUGGGAUCUAUUCAGAGUGACCUAAAUGUCCAGGAGGACUCUGGGGCUUUGACAGAAGUAGCUAUGACCAACCAGUCCGUCAGCAGGCUAACUCCACCAUACAUAGGACUGCGACCUACGAAUUUGCCCAUGCCAGCUAUGGCCUCCCAAAAAAGGGAAGCUCACAAUAGGUCUCCUGUAAGUUUUCGAGAGGGAAGGCGAGCAUCUGACACCUCAUUAACACAAGGAAUUGUGGCAUUUCGGCAGCACCUUCAGAAUUUGGCAAGAACCAAGGGUAUCCUAGAGCUCAAUAAGAUUCAGAUGCUGUACGAACAGAUUGGACCCACUGAAGAUCCAAAUGCCAUCAAUACACCUAAUCACUUCCAAGAUCUUAAUAACCCACAGGAUUUGUCCACACAACUUCCAAAUAUGUCUGCAUUCCCCAAUGGUAUGCAGCCCCAGCUUCUAUCUAGGCGGCAGAGUCUGGAGACCCAGUAUUUACAGCACAGGCUGCAGAAAGGGAAUCUGCUGGUGAAAACACAGAACAGCUGUCAGCUGUAUUGUAAAGAAACACCCAGGAGUUUGGAGCAGCAGCUACAGGAACACAGGCUACACCAGAAGCGCAUGUUCCUACAGAAGCAGCCACAGCUGCAAGCUUACUUUAACCAAAUGCAGAUAGCGGAAAACACCUAUCCGAUGCAAGGUCAACAGCUCCCAUUGUCACACCAAGAAACGACGCAGCAGAACCAGUUCAGCUUUUCUCAGCCACUGAGUCCCGUGUUGGAGCCAGCCUCUGAUGAAAUACAGUAUGAUCCAUUUUUAAGUCAGUAUCACAAGCUGCAUUCCCAACAGAUGCAACACAUUAUACAGCCCAGCCAGCAGCAGGUAGUAACACAGAUCCACAUACAGCAGCCAUCGUUACAGUAUGGUUAUCAGACCUGUGAAUUACCACCAGUGUCAAGACAAGAACCAGAAUAUACAAACCAAUGCCAGUAUUCUAUGAAUUCAGCACAACAAGGCAAUAUGGCAUUAAAUGAAAACCAGGGCAGUCCAACAGGACAUGAUCCUCAGCCAUCCUAUGAAACCUUAACCCUGAAACGAACCCUUUGACUGUGAGAUGAUGGAAACUGUUGACUCUCAACAUGGUGGUUAUGUUUUGGUCAACUAG